AUGAAGACCGACCAUGCGAACGACGUUUCCUUUUACGACGAUUUCGAGAUGCACGGCCUCUUACACGUUUUGCUGGCCGUCUCUGCUCUCCUAAUGCGUCGUCCUGAAGGUGGCCGUCAGAGAGUUGAUCAUCGUCCAGCAAAAUCUUCUCAAGCUCUUUCAGGAGCUGCAAAACGUCCGACGCCAUACGGUACGUGCAGAGAAGAAGCUUGGUCAGAGAUCUUCUGUAUGGUAGCGGAGCAGCCGACGUUGGCAAUGGAAUGUGGUGUCCUCACUUGCAAGUCUCAUCAGGAAAGCAAGGAGAAAUCGAAGUCCGUCGAACAGGCGCUUCGCAUGGCACAAGAAAAUGGCUACGAAGCAACC